CCGACCGUCACCUCGCUUCUGCCUCUGACCACCUGCGGGACACCAUGAGCAGCGACGCCGACGUGAAAAAGCCCCAGCCCGCCCCUCCGACCGCGCCGAACAACCCGCCGGAGAAGAAAGCAGGCAAUGGCGCGCACUGGAAGCAGAACGAGGAACACGUCCUUCCGCACAAUCGUCUUGGGAUCGUCUUCACGGGCUUGAUGUUGACGACGUUCCUCGCUGCUCUCGACCAAACGAUCGUAGCCACCGCCCUGCCCACCAUUGUUCACGAUCUCGGGGGCGGUAAAGACUACAGCUGGGUUGGAAGUGCUUAUCUGCUCGCCGCGGCUACUCUGGCCCCGCUUUACGGAAAGCUGUCCGACAUCGUCGGUCGCAAACCGAUCCUCUACACUACCAUCGUGAUAUUCUUGGCAUUCUCCGCACUUUGCGGGGCGGCCCAAAGCAUGACAUGGCUGGUGAUUUGCCGUGCGUUCCAAGGCGUCGGAGGCGGUGGGAUUAUUCAAGUGGUGCAGAUUACUAUCUCGGACAUCGUCUCCCUGCAGGAUCGGGCGAAAUAUGCAGGCGCGAUUGGCGCAACUUGGGGUAUCGCCAGCGUUGUCGGGCCCCUACUUGGUGGGGCUUUCGCCGACCAUGUGUCCUGGAGAUGGUGUUUCUGGAUCAACUUGCCCACCGGCGGCGUUGCAGCUGCGAUGCUAUUCUUCUUCCUUAACCUCAAUCCCCAUGAGCAGAAGAAGACCUUUAGACAGCAUGUCGCCGAAUUCGAUUUCAUCGGCCUUGGCUUCAUCGUCGCGGGAACCAUAUGCUUGCUCAUUGGUUUCAACAACAGCGAAACCAGCUGGCGGGCUGCAGAGACAAUCGCGCUACUUGUAGUUGGUGGUGUGCUGUUGGUUGCCGCCGGCAUCAACGAAGGUAUCACCAACCGUCUGCCGAUCAUUCCCCCUCGUCUGUUCAAGACGCGCACAACGGGCCUCAUAUUGGUCUCGGUGUUCCUUCAUGCACUCGCUUUCUUCGCAGCGGCGUUCUAUCUGCCUGUUUACUUCCAGGUUUUGGGCAGCUCUGCCACACUGGCCGGCGUGAAGAUGUUGCCUUUCUCUCUAGCAGCCGCAGCUCUAUCCGCUCUAUCCGGCCAGGUUAUUUCUCGUACUGGACAGUGGCGUCCCCUCAUGUGGGUUGCGUGGGGAACCAUGACCCUCGGCUUCGGUUUAAUGACUAUGCUUGAUGAAGCAUCAAACACUGCGGAGAAGGUACUAUACUUGCUCAUCGCAGCCAUUGGCGUCGGUUGUCUGUUCCAAACUCCACUCAUCGGGCUACAAGCCGCCAUGCCGAUCAAGGAUAUGGCCACUAGCACGGCGACCUUCGGUUUUCUGCGAACCUUGGGUGGUACUGUUGGCAUCUCCGUCGGUGAGGCCAUCUUGAGUAGCGAGUUGACUAGGCGCAUCAGGAAGAUUCCGAAUGUUCCGAUUGAUACGUCAGCCGCCGCGCUGAGUUCCAGCGUGAGGCAGAUCAAGAACAUUCCUGAUGCCGCUACUCGUGUUGCGGUCAUGCAUGCCUACACUAAGUCGAUAUCAACGAUAUGGAUCGUCAUGACCCCGAUCGUUGGCGUAGGAUUCAUCAUGGUAAUGUUCCUCAAGCACUACACUCUGAAGCGGAUGACUCGCCAAGGACCAGCGCCUGUCAAUGCAAUUGCCAAUGGGACCGAUCUAGAAGCAGGCAACGCGAAUGCUGAGAAAACGGGUUUGGCUCCCGAAGCUGGGGCACCGGUGGCGCCGGCGGGAGCAGCGGACCUUGAAACAGGAGCACCCGACGCUGGGUCGACGACGAAAGACGACGCGAACCUGGCGCGUAACUCUACCGGCCGGGACGAUAUCACCGAGAAGACCAAGUAUAGCGCGGAGGCAUAGGCGGUCAUAAUGACGAUUGUUCCGUGUCCGGGGUUUCUUGGCUUUCGAAAUGAAGAAGGCUGUUCAUAUCUAGAUGUUUCCUUUGCUACUACCAGGGCUCUCCGUCGAUCAUGUUCAACAGCAUGUUAGACGCGAUCAUUAAUACACACCCGCACUUUUGUAUGGGUGGGUUUAGUCUAGGCGGUAUAUUGCAUGCAAAGUGUGCAUGCGGCAGUUAUGGUGCAUCGCACAUAAAGGACGUGAUAGCCCUACCGUACGCUAUACUGCGCGGCAUGACGCGGACACGCGGAGUCGAGAAUGGAUAUCGAAAGCUCACUCUACCGGGUUUCAUGACGGUAGCCGCAGGUGAUGUGUGGUCGGACAUCCAGACGUCUGACCUCUCUGCAGCGCACGUUUCAUGUUGUCUUUAUAGCUCAUGCUUUAUUGCUACACCUUUACCGCCGAUUUCUCGGAAAUCUAGCACCUCCUCAUGCACCAACGUGUCAUCUGAGGCGGUAUCCAUACUUCGAUCCGUUAAGGGUAUGCUUCCGCUGGCGUAUGGCAGCCUGGACUGUGGCUGGAUAUACUUCGGAUCGCGGAUGUUGAGCAUGAGGCGCGAUAUGAGAGAGACGGCUAGCGCGGUGGUUGGCGCGGCUCCAAUACCACGAAGUGCGGGAGACAACAAGAGGAAAGACAGAACGUUAAAUAAGUUAGCCAAGGCGAUGAUGGCGAAGUAUAUUGUACCAUCUCGAAGAAACACGAUACGACCCAAGUAUCUUCUGUGUCGUAACGAUCGAACUAAUGUGAACACGAAGAUGAUACAGUCAAAGACGAGCAUCCCGGACCAAGCGAUGGCAAGGCGAUCCGCCUGCGUCCGAGUUAAGACGGAAAUACAUCCUACUACCUCUUCCGCACCGGCACUCUUAACUGUCGGACUAUGAUCGCUCAGAGUCGCCCAUAAACCAACUACCACCGCGGUCGCGGCCGAUGUCAUGAGAACCGCUAGGACGAUACGGCUUCGGUUGUACAGCGCAUAUGUCCGGAUGAUCUGCAAGACUGCAACUAGGAGUUGAGUGGCAAUAGCUACUAUCUGGUGAUACAGCUGCAAGGUUCCGCACACAUCCCCAGGCGUAUUCCAGAAGUCUUGAAUCACGAAGAGGAAGUCGCCGAAGACAGACAGAUAGCGAUUCAAGAAGAAGAAGAAAGCUGGCCAGGUGACGCUCUUCCGCCAAUAUCGGUCGACUUCGUCGGUGAACGUUAACGCGUACUCAUAGUAAAGAAGGGUAAACGAGACGGUCGUGACGAAGCGAUUGAUGUUCACGGCAUUUUGAGCAUCAACAGCAGCAGCAGGAAAAGUCUCCAUAUCCAGCGGAGGGGGGAAGGCAAAGCGGGUUAACCGAGGAGCGCCA